CUGGUGAAAUCAGUUGCAAUCUCAUUCGUGUACGGGCAGUAUUGUCAAAGCACGUUGAGCGGAAGUUUAUUGAGGGUUUGCGUUUUGGUGGUUUAUCAAUAAACGUAAAUACAUACAGAAAAAAAAUACGAAGAUUAGUGUGUAAAUAAGUUGUGAUAAAAAAAAUGUGCACAAAGCAAGCCGAGUCGACAUUACUACCGUCCUACCUCAACGAGGACUUCAUUAAAAAUGCAUUGGAAAGUCACUUUAAGGGCGCGCUAGAUGACAGCAACAACAAUAAAGUCGAAAUUUUGGAAUGUCAAUUUGAACGUGCCACAGCAGAGGGCGAAAACUUUUGCAGCGUCAUCUACCGUGCAAGAGUACAAUUUCGCUUGCAUGGCGCAGGCGCGGAAAAUUCAAAUGAAAAGCGCGAAAUAACGGUUAUUGUGAAAGAUGUGUUGAGAGAAAUAGCGGAACUCGGUUCGAAUGAGUUGGCUAUGUAUAAACAUGUGCUGCCUCAAAUGCAGAAGAUACUUGAACAAGCCGCUGAGAAGUCUGAGCUAGGUGAUGCAGCUACGGCGCCGAAAUUUUAUGCCAAUUGCUACUUUUGUGAGCGUAACCCACGUGAGAUUUAUGUUUUAGAAGAUCUAAAUGACGCCGACUAUCGCCGUAUGAACCGUUUCGUAGGUCUUGAUUUAGAAGAGACGAAAGUCGUACUAAAAAAGCUUGCAAUAUUCCAUGCCGCAUCAAUGAAGUAUAUUGAAAAAUUCCCCACAGAAUCGGCUGCGCUAAUGCCUUCAACACUCUCUAACGGCUUCAACGAUGAUGUGUUUUUCAAUGCUAUUGUUGUGGGUGGCAUAACAGCGGCGACUAAAGUUGUGGCCGAAUGGGAAAAUUUUGAAGAGAUUGCAAAUAAAAUGCGCUCAUCUGUCGAGAAUUUCGACGCGUGGGCGAAGCGCGUAAUGCGACCCGAACGUUGCCGUUUCAACGUGAUUACGCAUGGCGAUCUCUGGGCAAAUAAUGUACUAAUGAAAUACGCGAUAGUAGAUGGUAAAAGAGUGCCACAAGAUGCUGUAUUUGUCGACUUUCAAUUGGAUUUUGUUGGCAGUUGUGGCUACGAUCUCAAUUUCUUCUUAAACACAAGCGUUCAGCUGGAUGUCUUGAAGUUACAUCGCUAUGAGUUGCUGCGCCAUUAUUAUGCACAUCUAAAGAAGACACUGCAAAUCUUGGGUACCGAAGAAUCGGACAUACCCAGUUGGCAAGUGGUUAUGGAGGAAGUGCGUGAUUUAGAGUUGGCUAGUUACUUUGCGUUGACAUGUGAAUUGCCGCUUUGCUGCAUGGAUCGUCAGGACUCGGUAGGUUUGACUUUAAAUAGUUUAAUUGAUCCGACAAUAAAAGAAGAAAUACGUAAAAAGCUGUUAACAAACAAGCGUGUAUUAGAAAUGUUACGUUAUGGAUUGGAUCGUUUGAAUGAGCUGGGUGUUUUAGAUUUAUGAUGAAUGUUUUCAAAAAUAUAUUGUAAUUGCAAAAAUA